UGCUCUGUCCAAUAGGCAGCGAGCUCUUAAGAUUACGACAGAGAGCAACAAGAAGUUUUCAAAAUGGUGCUUGAAAGUACUAUGGUCUGUGUCGACAACAGUGAAUACAUGAGAAAUGGAGACUUUCUACCCACGAGGCUACAGGCUCAGCAAGAUGCUGUCAACAUUGUUUGUCACUCCAAAACACGCAGCAAUCCAGAGAACAACGUGGGCCUCAUCACCAUGGCCAAGUUGGACUGCAGUAACUGUGAGGUCCUGACCACACUAACUCCAGAUACUGGCCGCAUCCUGUCCAAACUACAUGCUGUCCAACCGCGUGGAAAGAUCUCCUUCUGCACAGGCAUCAGAGUGGCUCAUCUGGCCCUAAAGCACAGACAAGGAAAAAACCACAAGAUGAGGAUCAUCGCCUUUGUUGGAAGUCCUGUGGAGGACAAUGAGAAAGAUCUUGUUAAACUGGCGAAGCGCUUGAAAAAAGAGAAGGUGAAUGUGGAUAUCAUCAACUUCGGAGAAGAGGAGGUGAACACAGAGAAGCUGACUGCCUUCAUCAACACUCUAAAUGGAAAAGAGGGGACGGGCUCCCACCUGGUCACUGUCCCUCCAGGACCCAGUCUGGCUGAUGCCCUGCUCUCCUCCCCCAUCCUGGCUGGUGAGGGAGGCUCCAUGAUGGGUCUGGGUGCCAGUGACUUUGAGUUUGGUGUUGAUCCCAGUGCUGAUCCAGAGCUGGCCUUGGCCCUUCGUGUGUCCAUGGAGGAGCAGCGACAGAGGCAGGAGGAGGAGGCCCGUAGAGCGGCUGCUGCCUCUGCAGCCGAGGCAGGCAUGCCCACACCCACUGCAGAUGAAUCAGAGGAGGCCUUGUUGAAGAUGUCAGUAUCUCAGCCUGAGACGGGCGCUGCAGUGCUUCCUGACUUCAGUAGCAUGACAGAGGAGGAGCAGAUAGCCUAUGCUAUGCAGAUGUCUCUGGCAGGAGGAGAGUACGGAGACAUGGACACAGGCGCCCCUAUGGACACUGCAGAAUCAGCCAAGGAUGAAGAUGACUAUGAUGUGAUGCAAGACCCGGAGUUCCUUCAAAGUGUCCUGGAGAACCUGCCGGGCGUGGACCCCAACAACGAGGCCAUCCGUAAUGCCAUGGGCUCCUUGGCCUCCCAGACGGGAAACAAGACAGAUGGCAAAAAGGAUGAGGAGAAGAAGAAAUGAGGAGGCAAAGAGGGACAAAACGGACGGACAGAGACUUGGAUGUCGGACAUUGACAAGAAAAUCAUGAACAAUUGCAGACUAAUGCAGGAUUACCUUAAUAUAAGACAAGCUCAUUGAUACAUUGUCUGACUCCCCUGCAUGACAGCACUCUCAAACUGACAUUUAUUAUCCUUUCAUUCUUUUUGUCAGACACUUGAAAGUACCAACAUUACAAAAUUAAGUAGUACUGAAUGACUAUUUAGAUUGUUAAAUUUUGAUUGGCCAGUAACAUUCAUGGAUUAAAUAACUUUACGGUGUAACACGGGCCUACUUUCAAACUGCCUUUUGCCCUCUCUACCCUACAUUUUCAUACAUGGAUUAAUUACUGAUUGACUUACCAACAGGCUGUAGGAUUGGUUUGUACUGUAACAACAGGUUCCUAACAGUUCCCAACAGUUUAGCCAUACUGCUGUCAUGUCUUUGUUUUCUUUUGCAAUAAAAGCUAUAUGGAAAUCU